AGAACAAAUGUGUUCAAAAUGCCUGAAGUGCAGGGGAACAAAACACUAGCCACAAACUUACAUCAGAUAACUCAGAGUGAGCCUAAAUAAAAUAAAAAUCAAGAAAUUAUUAAAAUAACGAAGGUAUAGCCAGAAUUUCCGGAUUCGCGAUUAUUUAUUAAUCUAAAAAAACUUCUGAUAUGGAGAUGUAGCCCUUUUCAUAGGACAUUUUCAUUGGAUUUAUUAAUGGACUUUAAAAAUAUUUAUUGAAACUAAUUCCUACUUUUUCACAUUAUUUGCAAAGUAUUAUCAUAAUGAUAAUAGGCUGCACUAAUAUAUUGGGAGAAAGCUGUUACCGUAUAUGUGAAAUAAUCAGAUACCCUCAUAUAGCCAAAAUUGAAUUAUUCAUUUUUUAUAACAGACCUUCGACGAUUCGACUGUGAGAUUGGGAUCGAAUUUAGGCUUCUCGAAGCAUCGAAUCUUCGACUAUUGUUGAAAUGUGUUGUUAUAUUAUUAAUAUUAUAAAUAUAUUAUGUUGUAAUAUAUAUUUCCAAAGUAUUCGUCCAUCCAUAAAAACUGCUGAGAAAAUCAGACUGUGUAGCCGUAAGACAUAAAUUCUAAAAGGUUUUUGAUCAAACUGCUGCAACUGGUACACAUUAAGUAGGCUAUUAUUAAAUGUUAACAUUAAACACUUCAUGCUACACCAAAGUUUGGGGACUGAAGGAUCUAACUGCCCUCUAGCUGCAAUAAUUUUGAAAUGCCAUUUAUUGGUGAAGUUUAGAUUUAUGAAAUAAAAAAAUAUUUAAUCAGCACAACAUGUCGGGACGAAAAAUGGUUUAUACCUUGGGUAAUCUUUGGCCUGGAAAUAUAAUUUUUACCCUAAAAUUAAAUAGUCCAAGUUCAUUAAUGCUGCUCUGUUAGAUCUGCGUUAUGAACAUACUACUACAGCAUUCUAUAAUCAUAGUCCUAAAUGAAGAUAUAUUUGUAAUGCCGACUCCAUGGUGAUCAUUUACGAUCUGAAAACCUUCCUUAGGGCACAAUAGAAGUGCAGCUAUAAUAGCAAUCCUUUAUAGACGCUUAUACACACGUACGUAAUCCACACGUACGUUAUUCAGACGCUUAUACACACGUAUGUUAUCCACAAGUACGUUAUUCUAUGGUUUGCCGCGGAGAUCAAAUUCGCGCGAAAUCUUACACGUAAACAACACGUAAACAACGUGUUGUUUGCGCGUAGAAUACGUGUUGUUUGCGCGUAGAAUACGCGUCGAUUUUUCACACGUAAACAACACGUAUUCAAAACAGAAACUGAACAGAUGAAACAUAAUCUUGUGGCAAGUAAAGCUGUCAUCACGAGCUAAUAAAUUGUGAUCCAGCACAGGUUUGAAGGUGGCAGCGAUGUCUCAGUGUGAUCGAAUUCGUUUUGGGAUUGGCAGCUCUGUCGCGUUAUCAUCUGCGCCCUGUCUGUUUGAAAAUUCUCCUCGCUCUCGAUUAUAUCUUCCAACCGGAAACACGUCAUGGAUUAAGGCUUGACAAGACGAUCACUGAUCGAUUGAACUGCAUUACUAAGAACUGCCACUAGAGUUCAGAAUUGCGACUUUGGAGUUAAUUGCCAACAACAACAGAUGGAGGAAAAAUUGCAACUCAUCUGCUCACCUGGUUUACUGAAGCCAUGGAGUCAGGAGAAAACGAAAUCCUACGUAGCAUACUGGAACGUCUGACGACAAGACUUCAGUGGAUCCUUGAACAGUCUUCUGUUGACCUUGAUUAUUUGGAGUAUGUUUGCAAUCAAGAAUACAUCUUAAUUGAUGCAGCAUCCCGAAUCUUUGAUAUACCUUCCCCAAUAACAGAGGGUCUGAAACAAUUAGGCAGACUUGUGCAUGCUGGCAUAGAGGAAGAACAACGACCUAUAUUGUUCACACUUGAGCAAGGGGAAAGGGGACGCCCAAAAUGUGUGCUCUCCGCUGAUUUCCUGACAUAUCUUUUUGAAAUACCAUUACCUGUUAAGUGUGUGGCCAAUCUACUCGGUGUUAGUCAUAGCACAAUUUUUAGAAGAAUGAGAGAACUUGGCAUUUCAACAAAGACUUUUGCUGUUAAAGCAAGAGUCCCUAAUGCUGGAUACAGACUUGCCAAAGGACUGUUACAGUCCGAGGGCUAUCGUGUUCAGUGGGACAGAAUCAAAGGGUCUAUGCACAGAAUAGACUCUGCUGGAGUUCUCUCCCGAAUGACACGCAUGGGGAGCACAGUGAGACGAACUUAUUAUGUCCGGGGUCCACUGUCACUUGUCCACAUCGACACCAAUCAUAAACUAAUAAGGUACAACAUUGUGAUAUUUGGCAAUGUGGAUGGCUACUCAAGAAAGGUCCUGUACCUGAAUGCUGCAAAUAAUAACAAGUCGAGCACUGCGCUUGCUUUUUUCCUGGAAUCUGUGCAGCGGUUUGGUUGGCCGUCAAGGUAUGCUUCUUUACUCUUCCAAGGCUGCCCAGAGUAAGAGGUGAUCAAGGGGUCGAGAACCUGGGCAUAGCACGGUGAAUGUUUACAGUGCGGGGGACUGGACGAGGCAGCUUUGUGUCAGGAAAGAGUGUACAUAAUCAGAGAAUCGAGCGUUUAUGGAGGGACGUAUGGAUGGCUGUGACCCAGAUCUACUACGAGGUUCUGCAUGGUCUGGAAGAAGAUAGCCUACUUGAUCCUUCUAAUAACAUUCACAUGUUUUGCGUUCACUACAUCUUCCUACCUCGGCUGAACGACGACCUGGCAAAGUUCUGAGAUGGUUGGGACAACCACCCACUACGCACGGAGCAAAAUCUAACUCCAAACCAGCUGUGGGUCAUGGGCCAUAUUCAACAUUCCACCACUGAACCAGAACAUCUUGAGCAGCCUGCUGAGGAAAACACCAUUGACUGGGAAAAUGUAGGGAUCCCACACGGGUCUCAUUAUGGCAUUGAAGAACCAGAGAUUUCCAGCCCAUUUAGUCCUGAAGAAAUGGAACAGCUACAAACUACUAUUAAUCAUAAAGGACCAUCACAAUGCUUUGGCAGAGACAUUUAUUUGAACAUGGUACAGUACAUACAAAUAAUUCUUGCCAACUCUAACAACAAUCACUAACAAGGUCACUGUUCGAACUUCGAACAACAAUGACAAGAAGGAUAUUGCAUAUACCAAAACUGAAAACAAUCAUGGCACUCUCAUUUUGCCAUUUACUUUUAGUAAAAAGCUUUUACAAUGUUAAUGAAAAUAAAACAUUAUU